AUGUUUAAGCUCGUAAAGAUGCAAGUAGACGAUACUUAUUACUUCGCCGACGAUCGAUUUGCAGCUAAAAAAAGAUUAGAACUUAAGAAGGCCGGCUUAAAAGCUAAAGACGAGACUAAGCUGACUUAUACUACCGAUAUUAACUCUUUUGCAAACAACAAAGAUCUAUCCAGCCAACUUAAGUACGUGAUUAUCUUAAGAAACGAAACACGUACGACCGAAGAGACCUUCAAAGUCAUAAGCAACGUAGUGCAUUACAGCUUUACGAAAAUAGUAGCUACCGACUCUUACUCUUUUUACAAGUGUUUAAUAAAACUCGGCACAAUUAAGGAAAAGAAGCUUAUAAUCGAUAUAAUAGCCUUACGACAAUCUUACGAGCGUAAAGAGAUCGCCGAAAUACGCUAG